AAUAGUUUAUAUUAGUGUCCUCUCUCUUUUUUUUCUUUUCAUUCUCCCUCUGUUAAAGAAGCAAGAGAGCAAUCAGUAAUAAAAAGAGCACCAUCACCAGGGGAAAUUCAUACAAUAAGCUUAAAUGCGUUAAGCCUAGAUAAAGAAACAGCACAAUCAAUGGUGUAAUCUCUUCAAAGCAUAUCUUAUAUCUAAUUCAUUAUUGACAUGCUGAUAAAUAAGCCUUGAGGAAUAUGGCGGUUUUGAGAAAGUAGUUUUCAGCAGUGUUGAUCAAAUGUUUAACUUUCCAUUUGGAAAAGCUUUAUUCAAACAACCAUUCUACUUCAAUACCAACUGAAGGUGGUCUUCUAACUUUUUGUUUGACAUUUUUUUCAACAAUAUCCGUUCCUUUGAGCAUGUAUAUCAGCGAAUCUUUUCUUUUUACUGCUAAUACACUAGAAACUGAUAUAUAAGCAUGUGAUUGCUAGGUUAGGAAGACAUUUUACCAUAUUUUAGCAAAAUUAGUCAUUUUUGUAGUUACAGUUCACUUCAAUAAUAAAUAUAAACUGAUCUUAUAGAAAUAUUAAAUGUGAUUUUAUGUAAGAAACAAUUGAAACUUACUCUAUUUUCUAACCGAAUGAGAGAAAUUUGUAAGUUGAGGACAUUACAAUUGAAAAUUGUGCUAGAAAGUAUGUUUGAUUGGAAACCGAGGGUAUAUAUUUGGUUGCAAAGUCAAUACUUACAAUCAGUGCCAAAUCUGUUAGAAAACCAGUUUAGGUUUUCAAAGGCAAAUUCAGCCAUCCCUUCUCCCCCUAGGAAAAUUUUUGAUAUACAAUAGAAAAAUGAAGGGGGCUUUUGGGUAUGUUUUCUCUUCUGGCUUGUUUGACAUUUUGCUCUAUUUUAAACUUUUUUUGCGGGAGGGGGAGGGUGACAAAAGCAAUAGUAUUUUGGAAAACAACUGAAAAACGGAAAAUCACAGCACACAUUUCCAAGUAAUUUUGGCAGGGAUUGUACUUAACUAGCUUACCAGCGAAUGGUAAUGCUUCUGUUUUUUUCUAACGACAGUUCUGGCUGCUAGAUAGCAGAUACAUCUAUUGUGUCAGUUUUUUUAAAAGAUCCACCUCUCGCAAAGACUCGCUAUUUAAUUUAUAUCAAUUCUAUUCAACAAGGACCAAAUCAGCCACUAAAAAAUUGUGUAUCACUAUUUAAUAGUGUAUAAAGAAUCAAUAGGGUGAACUACAGCAACUCAACCUUCUAUUGGCCAUAAAAACUGUUUCCUUGUCAUAGUACACACCAAAAAGCUUCCCUACUAAAAUUUCUCAAAAAUCCAAAGUUGAAUCUUUUGUUAUAAAAGCAACAAUUUGAACUUGAACAGAGUAAUUGCAAGGAGACAAUAAUACACAUUUCCCUAAUCAGCUGCCUUGAGUUUCUGCCAAGCGCUUUACACCUUAUUAAAUUUUGCUUGUAGUUUCCAAAGUAUAGUUUUUGGUCUUUGACAUCUCUGGCUGUGCAACAAAGGCCUUGGCAAUGGUGCCAGUGUUCAUUUUCUGAUUAACAGUGGCAAACAUUAAAAGGAAAGAAAUGACGAUAUGAUUGUUCCUUUUAAUUUUCAGGCCAUUGAAGUUUUCAAGUACAUAAUUCCUUUUUAAUUGCUUCAUGGCUCGUCCCAAAAAAUAGUUUAUAUUAGUGUCCUCUCUCUUUUUUUUCUUUUCAUUCUCCCUCUGUUAAAGAAGCAAGAGAGCAAUCAGUAAUAAAAAGAGCACCAUCACCAGGGGAAAUUCAUACAAUAAGCUUAAAUGCGUUAUGCCUAGAUAAAGACACAGCACAAUCAAUGGUGUAAUCUCUUCAAAGCAUAUCUUAUAUCUAAUUCAUUAUUGACAUGCUGAUAAAUAAGCCUUGAGGAAUAUGGCGGUUUUGAGAAAGUAGUUUUCAGCAGUGUUGAUCAAAUGUUUAACUUUCCAUUUGGAAAAGCUUUAUUCAAACAACCAUUCUACUUCAAUACCAACUGAAGGUGGUCUUCUAACUUUUUGUUUGACAUUUUUUUCAACAAUAUCCGUUCCUUUGAGCAUGUAUAUCAGCGAAUCUUUUCUUUUUACUGCUAAUACACUAGAAACUGAUAUAUAAGCAUGUGAUUGCUAGGUUAGGAAGACAUUUUACCAUAUUUUAGCAAAAUUAGUCAUUUUUGUAGUUACAGUUUACUUCAAUAAUAAAUAUAAACUGAUCUUAUAGAAAUAUUAAAUGUGAUUUUAUGUAAGAAACAAUUGAAACUUACUCUAUUUUCUAACCGAAUGAGAGAAAUUUGUAAGUUGAGGACAUUACAAUUGAAAAUUGUGCAAAAAAGUCUGUUUGAUUGGAAACCGAGGGUAUGAAUUCGGUUGCAAAGUCAAUAGACCUUUUCUUUACGCCUUCGCAACAGCGCCUGGCAACAAGAGGUGGAUGAAAACAAAUGCGCAUCCGUAGUAGGCACUUAGGCCAAACUUAGUCAAAAUAACUACAGUUGCGUCGCCUUUCUCUUUCGAUCAUCAAAAAAAUGCCAAAAAGCUGUGUAGCUGUAGGUUGUUCAAACCACAAUAUGAUGGGGAAGCCUGGAUUUGAGCUUCCAUCGGUUCCCAAACCAAGUGAAAAACAAGAAGAAAUGGCAAAAGUGGGUUAAUGCUGUCAAAAGAAUCAACGAAGACGGAAGCCCAUGGAUGCCUAAAGGAAUCAAUGUUUUCUUGUGUUCAGAGCAUUUCAUCUCUGGUGGGCCAUCGAAGGAUCCAAAACAUCCAGAUUUUAUUCCGACAGUAUUCAAACAUAAGCCCACUAUUGAAGCAAAGGAAGAAAGUCAGUUGAGAAGGUAUGAAAGCGCAAGAAAAAGGGCAAAGAUGGUAAAAGAUAUGAAUACAGAAGAAAGUGCUAGUGCUGAAGGUGAUGAAAGUGAAGGAAGCUGUUAGCUGUAGAGUUGGUGAUGAUAUCCAGCUGGAUAUUCCAUUUCAAGACAUCUCAGCUGAAAGUGCACAAAUCCCCCAAUUUCCAGAGUCGUCACAGGAGGUGGAUUUUUUGAGGUCAGAAAAAGAAGCAUUGCUCACAAAGAUUAGUUGUUUGGAACAACAAAUAAGAAUAUUUGUUCAAUAAAUAAUUCCUAAAAGAAAUUAUUUCCUUACAAAAAUCAAAGAAAACCUAUAGUUUAUAAUUCACUAUUAAUUACCUUUUAGGGGACAUAUUUGAAUAUUGCAACAUUCUAAUUAAUGGUCAAACACCAUUCUUCUAAACCUUAUGGUUUUUCACACAAAUAGGCUGGUCUUGAAAGUUGAUGUUUCUGCAAAAAUAUAAGACCUUUCCUUAGCUGUGACUAAUUUAUGAGUAAGAUAUUUUUCUUUCUUCUAGUUAUUAUUAUCAAGAUACAAUCCUUAUGUCAUGAAAGAAAAUGAUGAUGCAACACGCUAUUUGACUGGUCUUUUCUGGAACGUGUAUAGGGUUUUAGCUGAUUCCUUGGUGCCCCAUAUCAAGGUGCCAAGAAAGAACCUGCCCCCUGAAAGUCAGCUGUUCGUGGCGCUAGUCCGUCUGCAACUGAAUUUGCCAUUCUGCUACAUUAGAUUUCAAACUGGCUUCUCAAUUGGCAGUUUGAAUAAAACAUUUAAGAACAUCAUAAAUUUGAUGUAUCUGAAGUUAAAAUUUUUAGUGCAAUGGCCUGACAGAUCACACAUCCGUGAGACUUUGCCACCAGUAUUUAAAGAGAAUUUUCCGAGGCUGACAUCCAUAAUCGAUUGUUUUGAGGUUUUUAUAGAGCGCCCAAGCAAACUCAAAGCAAGGGCACAAGUAUAUUCAAACUACAAAAAGCACAGCACUGUAAAAUUCCUGUUGUGCUGUAGCCCUCUUGGUGUGGUGACAUUUCUCUCAAAGGCAUGGGGAGGAAGGGCCUCAGAUGUACAAAUAGUUAGGUCAUCUGGAUUUAUCAGCCCAAAAUAUCAUUUUCCAGGUGACCAAAUUUUAGCUGACAGGGGAUUCACCCUUGUUGAUGACUUUGCUGUGGCAUGCAGUGCGGAACUUAUCAUUCCACAGUUCACAAAGGGAAAGAAACAGCUAGAUGCAAGAUUGCCAAUGUCAGUUGAAAUAACAAGAAAGAUUGCCAAUGUCAGGAUCCAGGUAGAGCGGGUUAUAGGUCUCCUGAAGAAUCGAUAUGGGAUUCUGUCCCAAGGACCACUGCCGUUAAACCUCGUAAAAUCAAAAAAAGAGGAAGUUUCAGGAGGAGUACCACACAUUGAGAAAUUAGUGACAGUCUGUUCAAGUUUAAUUAAUCUAUCACCUGGUAUUGUAUACAAAGAAACAUAAUGAAAAAAUAUAGAAGUUUUCAUAUUCUUAAAUAGUUAUUUCUUUUUCUUGCAGUCUUUACAGUACCAUGCACCUUUUGGUGGUCGCUUAAGAUUUGGCUUGAUACAUUUGAAGUGUAUCCAUUUGAAUUUACAUUGUGGAUUAUCAUAUCCAAUCAUGCUUUCAUCACUCUCUGGUUGCUGGCAAUAGCAAAAAACCUCUUUUUCUAAUUCUUGCUGCCCUUCCAUGAAUGUUUCACUUUUUUCUAGUUUGCGCGAAACUAGUUCAUGCGAAACUACUUUUUUGUGGUAUUCGAUCAAAAACUUCAUAGAGUUUUUUAAGUCUUCCUUGUAAGGAAUUGUAAGUCCUUUGCAAAAAUGAGGACCCCAAACAACAAAGUGACAAACCUUGUACCCAUAGAUUUGCAUUUGCAUUUGGACUUGAGUGUAGUAUCUAUGGCUACUUUUCAAUUCUAAAUCAUUGUCCAGACAAAACUUUUUGUCACCAAGACACUGUGUGAUAUUAGUUUUAUCUCGGUGUGUGUAUGGGCACUUGACCUCAAUUAAAAAAUCACCAUGGCAGUCACAGUGACCAAUGGCAUCAGCUGAGGCCCCCAGAAAAGUAUGCUCUUGAUCCAGCAUCAAUCCACACCUUGAUACCAUUACAUUUGUGUGAAGUGUUUUUAAUUGUUCUUGAUACUUUUUGAGGGCCUUUGAUUCACUCUCCUGUCCCCAAAGUACUGAAGGAACAUUAAGGGGCUUGGAUUUGCCACAUAUCUUCAAUACCAAAGACUUUGCUGGCUUAUCUAUUUUCGAAUGCAGGACGUCAUGCGCCAAAGACGCAGUUAUCCUUCCCACCCUGAUUUCAUGCCAAACCAGUGACUUGCUUUGGCUUCUUGUAGCAGACUCAAUAUAGUGAAUAUCUGCCUUGCUAAGUUUCUGGGCAUAAAGCUCCGCCCUUUUCUCCUCAUAUUUAAGCUCAUCUUCGGUAAAGAAGCUCCUUGGUGAUUUUGGCAAAAUUGAUCUUUCUCUAACAUUGGCUUUAUGGUGAAAUGUUGUAGAAAAGUUUUCAAAAAUACUUAGUGCAACAGGUUGCUCCUUUGGUUCGAGGUUGUACAGUCUUUGUAAAAAAUCCUUCUGUUCAUCUACUGUGAAAGGAGCAUUUGAGGGGGCUUUUUAAACUGAGGCAGGGUUGUCCUUUUUUUUAAAAAAAGUUAUCUCCUCUAUAGGUACUCCUUCUAUCGCUUUAACAAAGUCAUUGUUCCAUUCACAUGGCUUUGAGGCGCAGGCUAAAGAGGUAUAUCCCAGGCGCACAGCUGCUUCAACUUUAAACAGAAGUGCACCAAUGUGCGAGCACGAUUCUCCAAGCCUAAUAAGAAAAAUCAAAUCAAUGUGCAUGUAAAUUCCCCAGAUCUUAUAAAGUAGCAGAUGAUAAAAAGGGCAUAUGAUAUAAAAAUAUUUAUAGAUUUUAGAAAGCUUUGGCCAGGGCUUACUGGAAGUUUCUUUUAAGGUAUGGGCAAUGAAAACGAAUAUUCUGGCCUCUUGUUAAAGUAGCUUGCAACCAGUCAAUAUAUUAAGCCAUAAAACAGUGUUAUGAAUUUAGUAAGGACUGUAUGCUUAGAACUUUGAAAAAGGGCUAGCUUUGGCUAGGCCUAGCCAAUUUGUUAACGUUUGUAUAUAAUUGAAAAUUACUUUCAAGAAAAAUAAUGUUUACUAGGAAAAAUAAUGACUGUAAAAUAGUAUUUAUCAUUGAUUUUACUCACCUUGCCAUGCAGUUGCAGUGUGCACAGAGUAUGGUUCCAUCGUCCGAAGCUGCCACCCAAGGUCUCAGAAAUUCUUCGUUUAUCCUUUGCGAAUGCAUCACUUUCGCUGACAAAACAGUUGUAGACUUUAAUUUAUAGAUAUAAACUGUCUGGACCCACCCAGAAUUAAAUUGAUUAACAAAUUCCAAGACUUUCCUGGACUUCAUCGCCUCUUUCAAGUACACCCCUUAGGUAAGAAAGAACAAAUAAUCACCUUAGGCCUAUGAAUAUUACAGAUUGUCAUAACAAAGACUAUGUAGCACAGAUUCGUGGGAGUGGAGUCGAAUAUAAGAAAGAUUAUCAAUAUGUUUUCUUACCAGGCGUAUUUAUGAGAUAAUUUUUCUUACCAGGCGCAUUCAAGCCGCUGAUGUAUUCAAAAGCCAUCGCCAAUAUUUGAAUCGAUGUGAACGAGAAUUUUAAUGAAGAAAACGAAGAAAAACGAGAUGUAUAUACGCGAACUACAACGUAUCUAAGGCUCAGGCCGCAUUUGUUUUCAACCACCGAUUUCCGUUGCUAAGGUAAUCAUGGUGAUUGACGUCACAGUGAAAAGGUCUAUACUUACAAUCACUGCCAAAUGUCUUGAAAAACCAACUUAGGUUUUCAAAGGCAAAUUCAGCCAUCCCUUCUCCCCCUAGGAAAAUUUUUGAUAUACAAUAGAAAAAUGAAGGGGGCUUUUGGGUAUGUUUUCUCUUCUGGCUUGUUUGACAUUUUGCUCUAUUUUAAACUUUUUUUGCGGGAGGGGGAGGGUGACAAAAGCAAUAGUAUUUUGGAAAACAACUGAAAAACGGAAAAUCACAGCACACAUUUCCAAGUAAUUUUGGCAGGGAUUGAACUUAACUAGCUUACCAGCGAAUGGUAAUGCUUCUGUUUUUUUCUAACGACAGUUCUGGCUUUCUGCUCCUACACAAUACUUGCUAUAUAUGCUAGAUAGCAGAUACAUCUAUUGUGUCAGUUUUUUUAAAAGAUCCACUUCUCGCAAAGACUCGCUAUUUAAUUUAUAUCAAUUCUAUUCAACAAGGACCAAAUCAGCCACUAAAAAAUUGUGUAUCACUAUUUAAUAGUGUAUAAAGAAUCAAUAGGGUGAACUACAGCAACUCAACAUUCUAUUGGCCAUAAAAACUGUUUCCUUGUCAUAGUACACACCUAAAAGCUUCCCUACUGAAGUUUCUCAAAACUCCAAAAUUGAAUCUUUUGUUAUAAAAGCAUCAAUUUGAACUUGAACAAAGUAAUUGCGACGAGACAAUAGUACACAUUUCCCUAAUCAGCUGCCUUGAUUUUCUGCCAAGCGCCUUACACUUUAUUAAAUUUUGCUUGUAGUUUCCAAACUAUAGUUUUUGGUCUUUGACAUCCCUGGGUGUGCAACAAAGGCCUUGGCAAUGGUGCCAGUGUUCAUUUUCUGAUCAACAGUGGCAAACAUUAAAAGGAAAGAAAUGACGAUAUGAUUGUUCCUUUUAAUUUUCAGGCCAUUGAAGUUUUCAAGUACAUAAUUCCUUUUUAAUUGCUUCAUGGCUCGUCCCAAAAAAUAGUUUAUAUUAGUGUCCUCUCUUUUUUUUUUCUUUUCAUUCUCCCUCUGUUAAAGAAGCAAGAGAGCAAUCAGUAAUAAAAAGAGCACCAUCACCAGGGGAAAUUCAUACAAUAAGCUUAAAUGCGUUAUGCCUAGAUAAAGACACAGCACAAUCAAUGGUGUAAUCUCUUCAAAGCAUAUCUUAUAUCUAAUUCAUUAUUGACAUGCUGAUAAAUAAGCCUUGAGGAAUAUGGCGGUUUUGAGAAAGUAGUUUUCAGCAGUGUUGAUCAAAUGUUUAAUUUUCCAUUUGGAAAAGCUUUAUUCAAACAACCAUUCUACUUCAAUACCAACUGAAGGUGGUCUUCUAACUUUUUGUUUGACAUUUUUUUCAACAAUAUCCGUUCCUUUGAGCAUGUAUAUCAGCGAAUCUUUUCUUUUUACUGCUAAUACACUAGAAACUGAUAUAUAAGCAUGUGAUUGCUAGGUUAGGAAGACAUUUUACCAUAUUUUAGCAAAAUUAGUCAUUUUUGUAGUUACAGUUUACUUCAAUAAUAAAUAUAAACUGAUCUUAUAGAAAUAUUAAAUGUGAUUUUAUGUAAGAAACAAUUGAAACUUACUCUAUUUUCUAACCGAAUGAGAGAAAUUUGUAAGUUGAGGACAUUACAAUUGAAAAUUGUGCGAGAAAGUAUGUUUGAUUGGAAACCGAGGGUAUAUAUUUGGUUGCAAAGUCAAUACUUACAAUCAGUGCCAAAUCUGUUAGAAAACCAGUUUAGGUUUUCAAAGGCAAAUUCAGCCAUCCCUUCUCCCCCUAGGAAAAUUUUUGAUAUACAAUAGAAAAAUGAAGGGGGCUUUUGGGUAUGUUUUCUCUUCUGGCUUGUUUGACAUUUUGCUCUAUUUUAAACUUUUUUUGCGGGAGGGGGAGGGUGACAAAAGCAAUAGUAUUUUGGAAAACAACUGAAAAACGGAAAAUCACAGCACACAUUUCCAAGUAAUUUUGGCAGGGAUUGUACUUAACUAGCUUACCAGCGAAUUGUAAUGCUUCUGUUUUUUUCUAACAACAGUUCUGGCUUUCUGCUCCUACACAAUACUUGCUAUAUAUGCUAGAUAGCAGAUACAUCUAUUGUGUCAGUUUUUUUAAAAGAUCCACCUCUCGCAAAGACUCACUAUUUAAUUUAUAUCAAUUCUAUUCAACAAGGACCAAAUCAGCCACUAAAAAAUUGUGUAUCACUAUUUAAUAGUGUAUAAAGAAUCAAUAGGGUGAACUACAGCAACUCAACCUUCUAUUGGCCAUAAAAACUGUUUCCUUCCCUACUAAAAUUUCUCAAAACUCCAAAGUUGAAUCUUUUGUUAUAAAAGCAUCAAUUUGAACUUGAACAAAGUAAUUGCAACGAGACAAUAGUACACAUUUCCCUAAUCAGCUGCCUUGAUUUUCUGCCAAGCGCCUUACACCUUAAUAAAUUUUGCUUGUAGUUACCAAAGUAUAGUUUUUGGUCUUUGACAUCUCUGGCUGUGCAACAAAGGCCUUGGCAAUGGUGCCAGUGUUCAUUUUCUGAUCAACAGUGGCAAACAUUAAAAGGAAAAAAAUGACGAUAUGAUUGUUCCUUUUAAUUUUCAGGCCAUUGAAGUUUUCAAGUACAUAAUUCCCUUUCAAUUGCUUCAUGGCUCGUCCCAAAAAAUAGUUUAUAUUAGUGUCCUCUCUCUUUUUUUUCUUUUCAUUCUCCCUCUGUUAAAGAAGCAAGAGAGCAAUCAGUAAUAAAAAGAGCACCAUCACCAGGGGAAAUUCAUACAAUAAGCUUAAAUGCGUUAGCCUAGAUAAAGAAACAGCACAAUCAAUGGUGUAAUCUCUUCAAAGCAUAUCUUAUAUCUAAUUCAUUAUUGACAUGCUGAUAAAUAAGCCUUGAGGAAUAUGGCGGUUUUGAGAAAGUAGUUUUCAGCAGUGUUGAUCAAAUGUUUAACUUUCCAUUUGGAAAAGCUUUAUUCAAACAACCAUUCUACUUCAAUACCAACUGAAGGUGGUCUUAUAACUUUUUGUUUGACAUUUUUUUCAACAUCACCCGUUCUUUGAGCAUGUAUAUUAGCGAAUAUUUUUUUUUACUGGUAAUACACUAGAAACUGAUAUAUAAGCAUGUGAUUGCUAGGUUAAGGAGACAUUUUACCAGAUUUUAGCAAAAUUAGUCAUUUUUGUAGUUACAGUUCACUUCAAUAAUAAAUAUAAACUGAUCUUAUAGAAAUAUUAAAUGUGAUUUUAUGUAAGAAACAAUUGAAACUUACUCUAUUUUCUAACCGAAUGAGAAAAAUUUGUAAGUUGAGGACAUUACAAUUGAAAAUUGUGCUAGAAAGUCUGUUUGAUUGGAAACCGAGGGUAUAUAUUUGGUUGCAAAGUCAAUACUUACAAUCAGAGCCAAAUCUAAUAGAAAACCAGUUUAGGUUUUCAAAGGCAAAUUCAGCCAUCCCUUCUCCCCCUAGGAAAAUUUUUGAUUUACAAUAGAAAAUGAGGGGGGCUAUUGGGUAUGCUUUUUCUUCUGGCUUGUUUGACAUUUUGCUCUACUUCAACUUUUUUUUGCGGGAGGGGGAGGGUGACGUAAGUAAUAGUAUUUUGGAAAACAACUGAAAAACGGAAAAUCACAGCACAAAUUUCCAAGUAAUUUUGGCAGUGAUUGUACUUAGCUAGCUUACCAGGGACUGAUAAUGCUUGUGUUUUUUCUAACGAUGGUUCUGGCUUUCUGCUCCUACACAAUACUUGAUAUCUAAGCUAGAUAGCAGAUACAUCUAUUGUUUUUUUUAAAAGAUCCACCUUUCGCAAAGACUCACUAUUUAAUUUGUAUCAAUUCUAUUCAACAAAGACCAAAUCAGCCACUAAAAAUUGUUUGAUUUAAGUUAGUAUUUCCAGAUGUUUGUUUGUUUGCUUUGAAUCCUCUGCUAAUAAUCUUAAAACUCUUUUUCAAAUCUAUGAACAAAGUCUUUUCAGUAGUAUAAUUAUCUUCAUGACCCUAAAAUGUCAAUGUUUUAGGAGUGAUGUGGUAGGCAGCCCAUACUAUUUGUAUCUGGUUCCAAGAGGCAACCAGUUUUCUUGUAACAAGUUGCAGUAAUUAAACUACUGCUGCAUCAGUGUAGGGAAAACUACAUAAAAUGAUUUAGACCCCUGCGAUUUUAUAAAUUAGAACCAAGGUGGCGAAGGGAUUCGUUUGCAAACGGUGGCUCUUGAGCAAGUUGCUUGAAAUUCCGUAGGAAGCAAACAGCUCUUCGCUAGUGUGUGCUGGAAUGUCCAUGGUUGUCUCAAAAUUAAACGUCCCAUCAUAGGAAAAUAUACAGUUACUGACAUCUUCUAUAGUCUUCCACUGAUUAGGGAGGUAGUCCUCCACUGUUAUCGCAAAAAAUCCUAUAGGUAAAGUAACAUUCACAUCAGGGGUAAGUUCAAGUCUCUCCACCAACCUAAGCAUGCGCUGCAAAAGCGGAUGCCCGUAUUCGCAUACCUUAUGUUGAUGAAGCGUGCACAUAAGUCUAUCUGACAGAAAAGAUUGCCUUGAGACUGAGGUGCCGGAACAACCCAUAUGCACAUAUUGCAGCCAGAAGUAGCAACAAUUGCUCGUUACUCUCUUGCCUCUUCUGAAACACUCUUUUGCCUAAGCAAAGUGCAAUUUCUUCUCUAGACGGUCCCAAACAGGAGGAUGAGUGCACAAGAAACCUACCCACUUGCCAAAGAUCCUAUUUCGGACAGCAUGGGUAUAGUUCAACACAGCUUUGAGCACGUCCAACUUGGCGUUGUUUUCUUCAUCCCAUUAGUGAUUGGAGAGGUCAAUCCCUUCCGCACUCACGACAACAUCCGCACACCCAUAGUAUGUUAGGUCUAAUUGGAAAAUAUUGUCCUUAGAAGAAGGAGGAGGCAGUAAUAUGAACUAUUAUUGCCAACAAAUGUUUGCACGUGCUUGCAAUCACCAUCAGGAAAUGCUGAAUGAAUCAACAUAUCCUAAUACCCAGAUUGGUUGCUGGAAUGAUGCCCAAUGAAAGUUGAGUGCGCCUCCUUGCAGCCUGAUUGCAUUCCUGGAAAUGAAGCUUCAGAUGGAGCACUUUGAAUGUAUCCCUAAAUCUGCAGAUUUGCAAGCAGUUGCUCUGAUCCAACAUUCUGACUGCUUUCAUCAAGAGUAAAACUAUUAAUGAGGCCCUCAGUCUGUGUGACUUCGAGCUCCUCCUGCAAAUGAAAAUCAAGAGAAAUUUCACCCAAAGUAGCUACAUCUUCAGCAUUACUAGGACCCUUUAUGGAAGUGGAUGACUCACCUUGUUCAUAGAGGGCCCUAUACUCACCUAGUGUAGCAGAUGCUGCUACACGCUUCUUCUUCCUUUCAGGACCUGGCCAAAACUAAAAUAGACGAAAAAACAAAUCAAAUACAUUCAAAAAGCAAAUUUAUCAAUAGAGCUUCAGCUAUGGGCCCUCUUUAGAUACAAAUGAACAAGUAUUUUGAAAAGUAGUUUUUAAAUAGCUGAAAGAUAUAUAUUUAGCUUCAGCAUGAGAUAUCUAUUAUAAACAUUUUCUUUCGAGUAGACUGAAACAUUGCCUCCAUUAUCUGAAUUGAAAUUAUUAAUCGUACGAAAAGUUUAUAUUAUAUAGUGAUCUAACCUUGGUUGAGUUAGAAUUCUCUAGGCGAAAAAAAUGGGGCUAGUUUUGCAGCAAUAGUUAGUAGAAUCUCAUAUACAAACAUAUUCUAACAACAUUAUUUUUUUGCGGAUCAUCAUUCUUAAACGUUUUUAAUAAAAUUUUCUAAUGAUUACUGUCAUUUAGAAUUCUUAUUUUAUCCAACUCUAUUAAGAGAAAAGAAACGCCUUUGGGUGCGCAGCUGUAUGCUGUUUGUUGUUGUGAUUAUGUUCUAUCAUUUGGUUGGUGGGAUUCUUUUGUAAGAUUCCGUUUUGUUAUCCAUCAAACCCUAGUAAUCCAUUAAAAUUUUAUUUUUGAUAGACUUCAAAGCAAUAGCACAAAAAUGUUAAUCCAUUGGCGGGUCAUAAGGAGCUGGAGAAUAAAGAAGGCCGUGACUUUUAUGUUGUAUAAUUCUCUUUUGAGUUUUUGAGUGAAUAUAAUUUUCUAUAAAAUAAUAAGUUUCGGUAUCUAUCAGGUAGGCCUAUCAAUUUUAACUUGAACAAGUCAAAUAUGUAUGUUGCUGGUAGUACUUCAUCCAAAUAACGAUAAUAUAAUGAACGAAUAAGUUCAGUACCAGAGUGGUUGUAAAAACAUGAUGUUUCAGGUAUGUACUUGUUAUUAAGGCAGUCCUCCACUGCUGUAGGCAGUCCUCCACUGUUAUCGCAAAAAAUCCUAUAGAUAAAGUAACAUUAAAAAAGCGCAGCUCAUCAGGGGUAAGUUUAAGUCUCUCCACCAACCUAAGCAUGCGCUGCAAAAGCGGAUGCCCGUAUUCGCAUACCUUAUGUUGAUGAAGCGUUCACAUAAGUCUAUCUGACAAAAAAGAUUGCCUUGAGACUGAGGUCCCGGAACAGCCCAUAUGCACAUAUUGCAGCCAGAAGUAGCAACAAUUGCUCGUUGCUCUCUUGCCUCUUCUCAAAUACCCUUUUGCCUAAGCAAAGUGCAAUUUCUUCUCUAGAUGGUCCCAAACAGGAGGAUGAGUUCACAAGAAACCUAUGAACUUGUUUGAAUUGAGUUGGAAUAGUUGAGUUGAGUUAGAAUUCUCUAGGCGAAAAAAUAGGGGCUAGUUUUGCAGCAAUAGUUAGGGUUAGGGUUGAUGUUGGGGUUGGGGUUAAGGUUAGGGUUUGAACCAUUGUCAUAUUCUUAAUAAAAGCUCUAUUGUUGUUAGUCUGCGGGAAGUGUAAAUGCCUUUGUCAAUCGUUGUUGCGCCUGUGUUUUAUGCAAAUGUCCCUUUUGUUUUUUCUCUUUAUUGUUAUCGAAUUUCCGGCUGUACGAAUUUCGUACAAACCAGACGUGACACUUGGAAGUUUUUCUCAAAACGCAGCCUCCAAACGCCGAAAUGACACGUGAUUUGUGGAACAAUCUGUCAACGCGUUUCUCAUAGCUAUUUGCAUUUCGAAACUUGGCUCAGGCGCAUUUAUUAAUGUGAUCUUCUACUGUUAUGAAAAGAGGGAGUGUUAAACUAAAUAGCUCACAAAAUCAAAGCAAACGAUUUGGAAAUGGCUUUUUUUUGCAAAAUUAAGCAGAGGCUUUGUGACGAUAAUCAUAAUAAAUCUGAGGUGGUUAGGUACACUACAUAACCAUGCAAAAUUGUUUAUGUAACUCAAAAAACCUUUUCGUUGACGAUCUAGCUAUUGAUAAAAAAUUUCCAAUUUCUAAUUUAUUUCUUUAGAAAUGAGUCAUUUAAGUUUACCUUGGAAUACAAACUAAACUAAAAGAUAACGAUCAUUUUGAUAUCAAUUCAGCUCCCAUAAUCUUUGUUCAUGCUAAGUGCGCAAUUAAACUUGUUUCUGCAUACAAAAAGCAUGAAAUACUGCCAAGGAUAUGCUACGGCAUGCCCAUUUCAAUCUACUAAUUACGUUUUCUGCUUUGGUAUAUAGAAUUGCUGACAGAGUAAUAAAACGUAAAUUGAUAUGCUGAUAAACUGCUGGUCAGAAAAGUAAAUAGAGCUUUCCGCAAAUCAAUCAAUUAACCUUACUUAAUGAAAAAUGACACAGGCAAUAAUACAAACAUGCAUAUAAAGAUUGAAAAAAGGCAUUGGCAAGUGAUUAUGUUGACAACCUUGGAUCAGAAAGAUAAAAUAUUGUUACAAGUAAUGUUAAAUAAUUUCUAAAAUACGACUAGCUAAAAACACGAAAUUAGCAAUAUCUUAGCUUUCUAAAAUAAUGUAAUUAUUAACGUUCGUUAAAGCUUGUGAAAUUUAUAAAGGGGUAUCUUCUGCUUCUGUUUCUGUGUCAUUUUCAUCCUCUCCCAAAAAAGUCAAUAUUUUAAGCCCUGGCCAAACGAGCCAACAUUUCACCCAACAUUUAACCCAACAUCUUUGCCAACAAUGUUGGGAGUUGUUAGGAAGGCUGGCCAAACGAUCCAACAAUUCACCCAACAUUUGGCACAACCCUUUUUGGAAUACUCAGAUGAAAUAAAAGACUUUGCUCAGAUUGAGUCCCCUCUAACUUUGAAGCGAGGCUGACAGAAAGUGGUUGCCACACUCAUCCCAACAUGGAUUCUAAUCAUCUGAAAAGGCGCCAAGUAGCCAUGUGUUUAUUGAUAACGCAGCUAUUAGAAGAUGACGAAUGUUCCAGCAAACGAGGGAAAACAAGGCAAUGGAUCAAAAGACGCGAGGAGAAGGGGUUUUAUAACUGUAUUUUACGAGAAUUAAGCAUUGAAGACAGUGUUUCUUUCAAAGAGAUGUUACGCAUGUCCCACGAAUGCUUGCUUCAAAUUUUGGGGGCAAUUGAAAAAGACAUCACACCAUGUCAAGUUUCAGGUGGAAAUACUGUUAUCAGUCCAAAAGCACGACUUGUCAUCACUCUUAGAUUUUUGGCUACUGCGGAGACUUUUCGUUCCAUGUCAUUUCAAUUCCGUGUUUCUAGGGCAGCAAUUUCCUACAUAGUGAAGGAUGUUUGCCAGGCAAUUAUAAAGAACAUGAGACCAUUGUUUCUUGCAUUACCUUCAUCUGCAGAAGACUGGGUAAAUAUUGCCCAUGCUUUUGAAGAAAAAUGGCAGUUUCCAAAUUGUGUAGGUGCCAUUGAUGGCAAACAUAUAGUCAUGCAGCCACCACCAGGAGCAGGUUCCAGGUAUUACAACUACAAAGGCACUCAUUCUAUAGUUUUGUUAGCUAUUGCUGGGCCAGACUAUGAAUGUAUUUAUGCAGACGUUGGCACUAAUGGGAGAAUUUCGGAUGGUGGUGUCUGGAACAAAUGUUCUCUGGCAAAAGCAAUUGAAGACAAGAAGAUUGAUUUUCCUGUUCCAAAAUAUCUCCCCCAUGGUGCAAAAAGAUACCAUAUGUGUUUGUUGGAGAUGAUGCGUUUGCCCUUAAAAGUUAUCUGAUGAAGCCCUAUCCCCUCACAGGAUUGACUGCAGAAAGAAGAAUUUAUAAUUACAGGCACUGUAGAGCCAGAAGACUAUCUGAAAAUUUAUUUGGUAUCAUUGCCAAUCAGUGGAGAGUCUUUAGAUCAACAAUACUGCUACCUCCAGAAUUUAUUGAGCAGCUUGUGCUUGCAACACUUACUGUUCGGAACUUUCUUCGGCGCAGUUCAUUUGAAACAUAUACUGCACUGCUGGACUUACAGAUUCUGUUGGAACAAAUGGUGAGAUGACUGAUGGACUAGUUCAUCAAAAUCCCCCCACAGAAUCACUUUUUUCAUUGUGCCCAAGAGGCAAUGGAAAUAACUCCAAAGCUGAUGCAAAAGAAGUAAGAGAAACUCUGAAAGAGUAUUUUCACAAUGAAGGUGCUGUAUCAUGGCAGUGGCAAAAAUAUUGAAACAAUUAUAUCAACUUCAGACUUGAACUAAAAUACUUGCUUACCAAAUUUAUCAUACAUACUUUUCAGUCCUUAAAAAUUGAGAUGUUGCAGUUUCUUGAUUCUUCUUGAGCCUACCACUAGAGUUUGUUACAUUUUUGAGUUUUUUAAAAUCAUGUGAACCAGUUAUUUAUAAAACAUAAUUAACCCUAUCCAGACUGAAGGGGGACUCAUUCAGCCCCCCCCAACUCUCUUAAUCAAGCAGUGCUCCACAUUAUUGGUAGACUCAAUUAGCAUAAUUCUUUUUGACUUUUAGUUUCUAUCUAUAUGAAGUGUGAAUUUGUUUAAAAAAAUUAAAAAAGAAAUUAAAUUGGGGGGAAUUGGGCUGUUUUUUCACGGUGGUCAAGGUCAAAAUUUAAGGAUUUUUUUGAUGCACUCAAUUCAGGUGCAUCCUAUAACAAUUUUAUGGAAUCCUUGUUACCUCCAAUGUAUAUAAGAAGUAUGAUCUUUUUAAUUUUUCAUGUACAAAAGCUCAAUCGUGUGUUAUGUGACUUCAACUAUGACAUCAUUUUUGUGUACUCUUGUCAUUAUGUCUUGACUAAUUAUGACCUCAUAUCUAUUUUCGGAUAUCUUUUUUAAAUAAAAGAUACAUCAUAACCUCUGCUAUGUCUAUGGUGAUUUUUGUCAACAUAUACCAAGGAGCAACUAUUAGCAGCUCAAAAAGCUCAGUCUGAAUAGGGUUAAACCAACAGGUAAGAAAUUAGCUGCAAAACCAUCAGUGGGUUUUUACAGUUUCAUUGCUGCAAAUAGUUUAGAAAUCCAAAGUUGCUGUGAUGCAUUCCUCCUCCAUUGCUUGACUGGUUAUGGGAACUGUUGUAGUUUACAGGAAGUGUCAAUUAUUAAUUCUAUGUCAUCUAUUUCAUUUAUUCUAUUUCUAUGUCACAAAUUCUCUUCUCUGCAAUUACCCUUGUGCGAUCAUCAAACUUAUUCAGUUUUUCUGCUACAAACAAAGCAAAUGGACAUUCUUUCAAUGAAUCAUGUGACUGUUGUGGUGGUGGUUCACACAAGACAUUGAUGCACUUGUUCAUGAUUUCCUGCUUCUGUAGCUCCAGUGCUCUCUUGGACAUCUUUGGAGUCUCUUUUUGUGAGCUUGAAGAAGAGUGUGAAUUUUUAGAAAAUUGUGUGCUUGAAGAUGAAUAUUCACUUUCUUUGCUGGUCUCUUCUCUAUCGUUAUCUUGAAUUUCAACAUUUUGUGACUCCAGAUUGUAAGAAAAGGUAUCUUUGCUUUUUCCUGGCUGCAUAACUGGACACAAAAAUUGUAAAGGCCCCCAGUAGGGCCAGUUGGUGUUGUAAAGCUCAUCCCUUCCUUGUCCAGAUUUUGUUUUUGAGGACUUGGCAAUCUCUCUUCCUAGCUGUGCUCGCAAAACAGCAAUUUUUGAUCUAAUUUCCAUGACAGAAAUAUUCAUUGCCUCUGAGAUCUCUUCUAACGCUUUUCCGCGUUGGUCUCUUAAAUGGUAUGCUUGGUGAAAUACGUUCCAAAAAACAUGGACGAGCUUCCAGAUUUUCUAUUAAUCGUAAAAUUUCCUCAUGUCUCCAUGCUGUCUUCCGUGAUUGACCUGAAAUAUUUUUCAUCUCCGUAGUUGCUGUCGUUUUCUUUACUUUCUUGCGUUGAUGUCCUUUUGGCAGGGUAAUUUCUUUAUCAGAAUCAGCAGCAUAAUCAUCAGUUGGCUCGUCUUCACUGCCAUUGAUUUUGGCUACUUUUUUUGGUGGAUGUAGUCCAAGACGGCCUAAGCCUACCAUCCCUGGUCUUGAAGGCAACGCGUUUCUUUUCCCCAAAACUCUAUUCAUUUCCUCUACGGCCUCGUCGUACUCAUCUUCACUCACUAAAUCUCUUUCUUCGUACUCUUCCAUCAUCCAAUAUUCCAAAGUUGUCCAAAUCAAAAGGCUUUUCUCACAAUUUUGAUCUCUGCUCUACAAACUGAAACUUGGCGUGCAGCGCCAUUCACAUUUAUUAAUUCCUUACAGCGCUUGCGUAAAGCCAACAAAUGUUGGCCUACCCGGCCAAACGAGCCAGCAACGCCCAACAACACCCAACAGCCGCCAACAUUUUUGACCAGUUUCAAAUCGAUCCAACAUUUCACCCAACAUCUUUCCCAACAAUGUUGGGUGACCCAACAUGGUGGCCAAACGACCCAACAUUUGAGCCAACAUGCAAAAAGAGCAUGUUGGCUGAAAUGUUGGGAGAAAUGUUGGCUCGUUUGGCCGGGGCUUUAGAAGUGAGGUGGUCAGCGCCCCUUUUUAUUUUUCUUGCUGAAUCAUCUGUGUUGUAGCGAAGGUGCUGAACUCGUGGUGAGUGGCUCAUGAGUCUUGCAACUGAAUUUCUUACUUGGUCCUCCUUCUUGUUGCACAUUAGUCACUUUACGAGCGCUUUUCGGAGGGUCGUAGUUGUGAACUUCAAGCCCCCAUUGUGUCGGUGAAACACCUUUUCGAUGUAAACAGAAAACGACUCAGAUGUGUCAAAUGGUUCCCCCGUGCCCUUCAUUAGAAGAAAAUCAUGUCUCUUACUCAACAUAAGCUUCUCCCUCUCCUCCUGAACAUAUUUAGGUAGAUGUUGGUUGACAUAAUCGUAUCUGGAGAUGUCCACUCUAUUGCACCCGUAUUUUUUCUUCGUUUUGAAAUCAUUUACAACCAUUGUAGUGCUGCCAUUUUCCUUAAAUAAAAUGUAGUUUUCUGAAACACUCCCCUGUUCCUCGUCAAAUAGUAUUUUUAGUUUCAUCAAAUCUGCAUUCCGUGAUGGGCUCACUGUGGUGAACAAUGAAAGUAUUACAAAAUCAUGGUAUAACCUUGCCUUUUGAUACCCAUCCAUCUCUUUCGACGAAAUUAUCCUGUCCCUCAUCAAUUUUAAUGUUUCUAAAACCUGUUUCCAUUCAAAGUUCUUUCUUUCAUCGGCUUCCGGGAACCUUUUGUCUCCGCUCUCUUUCAUAGAGGCUUUAAAAAAACAGUGGUAAAUUUAAACUAAAAAUAUCAAAAAGCGAUGUGUAAAAUGUAUGUGUAAAUAGAAAGGAACGCAGGAUAUGCUGCCGCUGAUUAAAAUAAGAAUAAUAGCCUGUAACUAAGCCACAGGACGGUGAAAAUCCAAUGUAGUCAAAAAGAAUUUCAAAAAAAUUGAAUAUACUAAAUGACUGUACUUCGGCUGGCUUCAUCAACCAUUCUUGACAGUAGAAUUUAGGCAGCCAGAAUUUAAUGUUAUGAUAUAGAAUGAAAUGCAACUCAAGUUCCUAUUGUAGAAUUUCUAAUGAAAAGCGAAAAUAUAUAUAGCUAAGGUGAACUGGAAUACUCACUUGCAGUUGGGCCUGCAUGUGCCUCAAUUAUGUUAUUUCUGCAAUUUCAUGCCAACUUUUUGUUAGGCCCUCUUUUUUCAGAAUAUAUUUUGCUGCCACUAUCAGGCUUUGAAUAUGGUUGGCAACUGUACCCACGUUUAGCUCCCUCCUCAAUUCCGCCACAUAUGCCCUAACAAAGUUGAUGUUUGUAGCAUCCACUAUUUGUGAGGGUCUGUUAUAUGUCUCUUUUACAUGUUCAAAGAACUCCUUUAACCUUCUUGUGUGGCGUUCGAUUGUCCCUGCUUUCAUACCGUUUGAUGGUCUCAACGGGUUUAUUUCAUCCGUGUAGAAUUCCCCGAGCUUUUCGAAAAAUACUUCAAAUGAAGACACUCCAUCCUGCAUGCUUGAAGCUGCUUCGUAACCUGUGCCCGCCUCCACAUUGGCGACUGCUGCUUGUGGUAGUUGAAGCACACUCUGCUUCUGUAGCAGCAAAUGAAGACUGUCUAAUGGGAUGACGUAAUGCCCACCUUUACGUGGUCCAAAUUUCUCUUCGAGCUUCAAGCGCAGGAUCCCCUCAUGUUUCUUGCAAUUUAUCUUCAAUCUGUGCAUUCUGCUGCGGAGAGUCGAGCUUUGUAUAUUUUUUGUGAACUCAGCCUUCACUUGUUCCAUGCUUAUCCACAAUGUUCCAUUUGAUUCAAAUGCCACCCAUCUUUUCUCUUGGCCUUCGGUUUAGAGGAAAUAUUCAUUAACGUUGAAAAUUUACAAAACAAUGAUAACCUCAGACAUCUUGAAGUACAGAGUCACAGAAUGUCUAACUCCAAUGCAAUACUUUGUGAGCUUUUCAAGGAGAUUCACAGUUUUCAUAAGUCGUAGACUCUGUCAAUAGACCUCUUUCCUGUUGUUGCCGCCAUCUUUUUUCGCAAUGCAAUCUGGGAUGUCUAGGGGGCAAACAAACCUUAGUUUUUUUGACUACUACGAAAAUAGCGUGUUUACUGCCGUCCUGUGACCGGUUUCUUCGAUUAUACCUCUCUAAAAUGGUUUUUACUGAAGAAGAAUUGCGAGUUUGGAAGGUAGAAGAUCUUAAGAAAUAUCUGUCAGACAGAGGUGUGCCCUUGAACACUAAGAACUGCAGAAAACCACAGCUUAUUGGAAAAGUUAUUUUUGCUGAAAAGCUCGAACUUCCAACAUUGCCUUCUCAAGCUGUUCGAAAAUCUGAAAUUGACCUCAACUAGAGCAAAAUUUUAUUCGUUGAUGGCGUGCAGUUACCCUUUCCUGAGACAAUUGGCUCCCACUGGCUCGAAGGAAGUGAAUACUAUCCUGACCUUACAUUUGAUUUUAUAAAAAAUAUGCAGAAGCAAUGGAAUCCUUGAAAGCCUCCAAGGAAGGACAGAACCUUCAGACAUCUGGACAUGUAAAGUCAGUGUUUUUUAAUAAAAUUACAGAUUGUAUUGUAUUUUGCUUUAUAAAAGCAUUGGUUGUGCCUCAGACACGUAUAUCUGAUGCUCCUUAUACUGUUUGGGUUAGUCUACGGACAGAUGCCUCUUCCAUUUUGGCUAGUGAAUGUGGAUGCGUGGCUGGUUACAGUAACUCAUGCAAGCAUGUAUUUGCUUUGCUAUAUUACAUCCUUGCAGAAGUUAGACUUGGCAACAACAGGUCUUGUACUGGCAAGAAACAGAAAUGGAGUGUAAGAACAAUUGCUCGUUGCUCUCUUGCCUCUUCUCAAAUACCCUUUUGCCUAAGCAAAGUGCAAUUUCUUCUCUAGAUGGUCCCAAACAGGAGGAUGAGUUCACAAGAAACCUAUGAACUUGUUUGAAUUGAUUUGGAAUAGUUGAGUUGAGUUAGAAUUCU